CAGCAGACCGCGCAGAGCGAACAGCGCAGCGCCACGCCGACCGUGUGUCCGUCACAGAGCUCCACACCUUCACUGGAUUUCAAAGACAACAACAGCAACAGUGGAUAAACUGAGCGAAUGUGGGGUCCGCACAGGUGAAGAAUGCGAACUGCUUCUCCGCCAUCUGUCCAUCAACAAAUCAAGUGCAUCGGUGCCGGCCACCCUCAAGCCAGCUCAACCACGACGGGCGUCAAACAAAAGUCUCGACCUGGCGUCCCUUAAACGCCCUGUGCAAAGCAAAUAUUUGAGGCUGGUAUAUCUCAUUUCUCCCGGCAGUCGCCACUGAAAAGAUCAACAGUGAAGGGUGUUGUUGGUGGAGAAAAAGAGAGAAGAAAAAGUGGGGGAGGAAGAAGUAACCCUUUCAAACUACACCCUGCCUGCUAUUUCUGCUGCACUGUGGGCAGGGAGCAUCUCAUUUGGGAGAGCUUCAGGCUGACAAAAAAGGACUUCCCUGUUCCCUGCCUAUCCAGAUGCCUUUAUAAAUACUGGAUAGAGAUAUCAAUUUGCCUGGGUUCUUACACUGCCCAACAAAGAGUCAGUUGGCUAUCUAUAGAAAAAGUUACAACAAUCUUGGAUUUUGUGGUUUCCUGAAUUGCUACUUGGUCUAUUAUUGUUCAAAAAACAUUUAAGAGCUGUGAGUACAGGAAUGGGAGCUGCCAGAGUCCUCUAUAGUUAGAAACCUUUCUAAACGCUCCCACUAGGCUUGAAAUUUCACAGAGCUUACAACAGCUCACUGUGGGACGUCGGGAGCUGUGAGUCAGUUUGGAGGCUGCAGUUUUGAUGUCUUUUCCAGCUCGGUGAAUUAACAUGAAGCCCCUAACGCCAAUUGGAUCUCCUUCACCUCUGAGGCUUCUCAACAAGGGUCCAGACUACUUGCGUAGGCAGAUUGAUGGCGGCGGUCACGGCCGCUCAGUCAGCGCCGUGGAGAGACUCGAGGCAGACAAAGCCAAGUAUGUUAAAAGCCAGCAGGUGAUCAACACCAAGCAAGAGCCUGUACUUGUACCCUGCGCCACCCCACCGCCGCCACCCCGGCGAGCAAUCACCAUCCCUGGAAGCCUGACGCCUCAUCUUCCCCCACGGCGUCCGUCCAACACUCCAUUCCCUCCGGUCUGCGGCUCCUUCGCUGCAAGAGACGAAAAUGAAAACGACGACUCGAGAAAGGAGAACAGACGGACUUCUGUCGAUGUUGAGGCACAUAACAGGAGCAAUGUGAACAAUGCUCCCCCCAGCCCGCGCACACCUGGACUUAACACCUUGGUAGCGCCACACAGCGCUCCCAUUCUCCGAAGGAGUACAGGCAAACGCAUGCUGAGGCCGGACUCCCUCGUCAUCUACCGAAGACAGUUUGGAGAGUUGCGGCGCUCCAAGUCAGACUUACAUCUGCGCUGCUCAGUAGCGUUAUCAGAGCAGGAGCAUUUCUUUGACUUCUGUGGCCUGGACGUAGAUAUGGUAGAGCGUCUGGGUCGCCAGAAUUUCCUCUCAGGGGCCAGCUCUAUAGACACUCUCUCGUUGGCGCUUCGCAGCGUGGGCGGGGACGGCUGUGGAGGCUCGGAGCCCAGUGAGUUCUCCCGCCACUCAGGAGAUGGACUGUUUGAGGAGGAGCUGGCUGAGCAGCUUCCCACUGGCGUGUCGAUAAUUGAGAGAAAUGCUCGCGUCAUCAAAUGGCUUUACGGGUGUAAAAACGCCGCCCGCGAAGGACCCAAAGAAUCAACGGUUUGAUAGAUGGACGAGGAUUCUUGUGCCAUUGAGAGCUGUGGAGGUGUUGUGUAUUUCACAUAAAUUUAAAGUACGUUAUCCUCUGUGGGCUGCAACAGAGUGCAACAUUUGUUUGGUUUUUUAACUUUUGAGGCUCAAACAGUUUCGUUAAUCGAAUCUGGCUUCAAAAUAUGAUUUGAAUUUUUACAUUUCAAACGAGAGUCAAAGACCCUGGAUUUGUUUCAGUGGUCAACAUUCACAGGAUUAGCAUUUCAUGACACGCAUCUACCUUUGCUCUCUUCACUCCAAAGGCACAGCUUCUUUAAAUUAGAGAAUAACUGCUACUACUUAUAUCCUGUCAAUCUGAUUUGUUGUAUUUAUAAAGCCUGUGGAAGUAUUUUGUGACCUUUACGGCAAAUGGAGCUAUUUUCCGUCGCAUUUUUUUCCCCCAUUAUCAUAAAUGUGUAUGAGUGUGCAUGUGGAGUGGGCGCUGGAUUACUGUCCUCUCCAUUUGUAGCUUCUUUUCAUUUAUUUGCAUAACCAGAUAAGAACUGAUUUGAAAUGAGCCCCCUGUGAAUCCUCACAAGGCACAUAAGUGUAUGUUUGUUUGACACAGUCAACACAGCUUAGCCUCCUUGACAUCACCGCUCUCCCUAAUGACUAAUUUAAAAUGGAAAACCACUAAGCUAUGUUUUUUUCCAAACAGGAAAAAUGCUGUGUGAGUGUGAAGUGAACCAUGAGUACCUCAUUCGAAUCUGUCCCAGUUUAGUUUGUGUGUCGCUUUUUUCCUUUUUUACUCCUUAAACGCAGGCGUUGGAACAAACAUGUGAGGCACCCCCAUGGGGUUGUUAAUGCACUGAACUGGACAGAGUGAGGAAAUGACACAUAGAAAUAUAGUUUUGACUCCUUACAGAUAUUUCAUCUCAUAUAAUGUUAAUCACUGAGCUGGAUUCAAAGAAGCUUCUUUGUCCUGAAAAAAAAGGAGCCAUGCUUAGCUAGUUUUCAUUAUUUGAAAUUCAUUUUUCAACCCUUAGUUAGGAUCAGUGUUCAGGAUAUUUAAUGUGACCCACUCACAGAUUUCCACACCUAUUCAGUGGUCACUGCUGGGUAAGCUUAAGAGUUUCAGGAAUGAAAACAGGGAUAAACACCCUGUCUGUCCUGUGACUGUGAACUGGACUUCAGCAGGCGAAUAUUUGUGUUUCACUGAAAUUUCAAGACUGAAUAUAUAUAAAAAAGUAAUAUAUUAUAAGAGUAAAAGAACUCAAGCUGACAGGCCUUUCCUGCCAGAUGCUUUAGGAUGUCAUUUCCACCAUCAGGCAGCUUACAGAUGUUAACUCGGUCAACCAUUCCCAUCACAAAACAUGCAAAAGGGGGCUGCUCUCCCUGAUAACCGCAGAUCCUACCUCACCUUCACCUCAUCCAUUCUUCAGUUAUUCCCGCUUUAUCUUAAUGAAAGGUCAUUUCCAUUGCUUGCCCUGGACUGCGCCACUGUAAUGUGAACUGCUGAGGUAUGUGGAGGUUAGACUGAGAGUAUUACUGAACUCAAGGGCAUGUUAUUUUUGUACACGUGAUAAAAUAACGCAGUUACUUGCAAUGUCAAUUAUUUUCUGUAUUUAUCAUGAGCAUGGCACACUCCUGAGAAUCUUUCCACCUGGAUUUUUUUCAGAUCUCCCUGUUAAGAAAAAAAAUAAAAAUUUGUUUGCAUGUUUUGCAAAGUGGCGACGUAACUUCUGAUUCUCCUUUUUUUAAUUUCACACACGAGAGGUUCGGCUUUUAUUCCAAAGAAGUUUGUGUAUGAUGUACACAGCAAAUAAACACA